AUGACGGAUGUGAGAAACUUGUUGAUCGAACAGAGUGCCACAAUAGACUCGCUAAAACGAGUACUAGUGAACUUUAAGAAGCUUUCCAAGGCGAACCUGACGUUUUCGAAGACGCAAGGGCGUCUUUUACAACUGGAAUCACUCUGGGACUCCUGUCGCCGCCUGCACGUCAAAUUGCUGCAGAUUGCCACGGCGGAGGAGCAGAGGACGCUGUUUCACUUUCAAGGCGACGAAUUCUUGGCCGCUGAGGAAAUCUACCAGGAUACUGCCGACACGCUUACUGAUUCUUCCAUUAAUGAUUCGAGUAACAAUUGCUUCAAUUGCCACGUAUUGCGCUUCCUAAAUUUGGCGUCACCCGUGGCUAAUAAUGAGGCGCUUUCCAACACGCAAAAGUUUCAUUACUUGAAAACUAGCGUCAUCGGCGACGCUGUCUUGCUUAUAAAUAAUCUGCGCAUUUCUGACGCCAAUUAUGAUUCCGCGUGGCAAUUGUUACUCGAUGAAUUCAACGACGAGCAAACUCUAGUCUACUCUCAUUUGCACGCGUUUGUGAGUCUGCCUCAAAUGAAGACCGAAAAUAUAAACGACUUAAAGCAGUUGCGCGACACAGUGUCUGCAUCGAUAGCCGCUUUGAAUAAUCUUGGUCGUCCGGUAGAUCAGUGGGACGACAUUCUCGUCUAUUUAAUUUCUCAAAAAUUCAGCCCGCGGACUCGAAGCAAAUGGAAUUUGAAACGUCCUGCGAACAACGUGCUUCCGUCUUAUAAGGACAUUAAUUCAUUCUUAACUCUUCGCAUUCGUGGUUUGUCGGACUAUGACGAAACUUUGAAAGAUGCCGGUUGUUCCAAAAAUGAUAAGUCGCGCUCCUCGGUCAACAAUGUAGCGGUAAUGAAAUGCACCUGCUGCUCGGGCAGUCAUCAUUUAUCAAAAUGCGAAGAUUUCUUGCGAAAAUCGGUCGUACAACGACAUGCUCUUGUACGUCAGAAUAAAUUGUGUUUCAAUUGUUUGAGGUCAGGUCACUUUACUCACAAGUGCAUAAGCAAAUAUCGAUGCUCACAUUGUCGUCGCACGCAUCAUUCACUGUUGCAUUCUGCUAACAAUGAUGCGUCGGAUGCGCUCGAAAGUUCUGCGUCUGCAAAGCCGGGUUCUUCAUCCGCGAAGUCGCCCUCGUCUGCGGAGUCACGUACGACUUCCGCCGCCAGCGAAGCAUCCAUCGCGAGCGUAAUGACAGUGCAACCGCCGCUCAUCGCGACGCCUAAUAUUCUGUUGGCUACUGCGUGGGUCGUCCUUCACACUUCUGAAGGCCGAUGCCUUAAAGUUCGUGCGUUGUUAGAUCAGGGAUCAAUAUUCAGCUUUGUGUCUAAGUCCCUUUGUCAAGCGCUGCGUACAAAGCAUCAGCGAGCCGAUCUACAAAUCAAGUGUUUCGGUGAACGGUUUACGGAUUUAGCAAAAUCACGCUCUGUCGAGUCGUGGCCUCAUCUGCGAGGAUUGUCUCUUGCCGAUCCUGAUCCUUUUAGUCAUCACUGCAUUCAUAUGUUGAUCGGUGCCGACAUUUAUGGUUCUCUUUUGAAAAACGAUGUGCGUCAAGGUCCGUACGGUACGCCGACCGCACAAUCGACCGCUUUUGGUUGGAUCCUGUCCGGUCCUACCGGGAAUCGAGAAUCAGCUUCUGAGAAAGCUUCUGUAUUAAAUUGCGUUUUUGCGCAAGAUGUUAACUCGUUGCUUCAGAGAUUCUGGGAGGACAAGGAGAUCUCUCUGUCGCCCCCUCUCACCGAGGAGGAAGAGAGAUUCGAACGUCAUUUCGAUGACACUCAUAGUCGCUCCCAAGAUGGACGAUAUGUAGUUAAAUUACCAUUAAACAUGCUGAUCGAUAUCGGAGACUCAUUGUCUAUUGCUCUUUCGUUACAAUAG